AUGGAUGAUGCUUCAAUAGUUCUUCAAAACUUUGAUAAGGAAGUAGAAUGCAGAUGUUCGUUUAUUAGAUCUCAUUCAGAAAAUUUAAGCAUUAACAUGCUUAGUGCACUUGAUCUUGCUCUCAUGGGAAUUCCAGAACCAGUACGCAAGAUGUCUGUCAAAACGUUGAUGACAAAAUAUGAUGGAGAUAUAAUUAAGGCAUCAAAUGCAUUUGAGCAAAAUGAAAACGAAAAUAAAACUCAAUUACAAAAUCAAAAUCAGAAGAGAAAAGGCUACCAGGCACGAUCUCCGCGCACUCCAACAACUGAUCUUACAUUACCAUAUGGACAUCCAGUUAAAGCUACAAAAAAGGCUCAGCAAAAAUAA